UUACAAGGCUAUGUAGCGUAUUGCCAUCAGUUAAGUUGGGAAAUUAAAAACGUUCACUUCAUUAUCAUGGGGACAAUAUAUUUGUAUGCUACAUAUGACUGAGUGAUUCCUACCUUCACUUUACGCAUCCAGUUAUGCGUAGUGCAAAAUAAGCUAGUGAAAACUUUAUUCGUAAAUCCAUAAAUUACAAAUGGCUGAAGCACGAAUGGAGUAUAAACACAUAUUGGACAUCCUCCUAAAUAUUAAAGGGAAGGUGGACACUAUUGAAAAGGACGUGCAUUUACAGAACAAGCAGCAUGUGGAUAGCAUCAGGAAAAUUAAUGAGAGACAAAACUGUAUAGAGAGAAAGCUGGAGGAAAUAAAAAUGCCAGGUGUGUGUUCUAACGCAAACAGAAGCAAGCGUCCAACAGAACAUUGCCAAAGUAAAGCUGAAACUUUAAACAGAUCACCGCCUAUGUCAACAAAAGGAAAUCCAUCUAGUGAACACAUGUCUGCAUGGGGGAAAGAUAACUUUAUCAAUCAGGUACGGGCAGAGAUUCACCAACUGGGAGGUAACAAGGAAAUAAAAACAGGACUGACAAAGUCUGCGUCCUUCAAUGAUCCAUCUACAAAACCGUUGAAAAAACCUGUGAGAAAUGUUGUCUCAGAUCCACUUCCUAAAGACGCCAAAAAAAAGUAUGAGCAGUUUCAGCGAGAAUGUCUCUCAAAGGCAAUACAGUGGAACAUGGCUGACAUUAUUGCAGGGUGCAAAGCCCACAAGAAAAUCGAAUUGCCCGAGUGGGUCACGCCUGAUGAUGUUAGACGUAUUAAUUACAAUAAUAGGCGAAAGAACAAUAACUUAAGGAAAUUUCUAUGCUUGCUCGUAAAACAAGACUAUGACAGAAUGUGGAACUGGUUGUGUACCUACAAAGAACUUCCUCAAAAUAUUCAGGAAAAGGUAUCGAGAACAUUCAGGGAAUUUUUCGACAUUGACCCAAUCAAAUCAAAAUUAUGCUGCCUACGAUGCAGACUUGUAGCAAAUACAUGUGUUACAAAAGUUGCUGAUCAAUUAUGGAGUGCAGAUAUUUUGUCCGACGGACUUUAUAUUCAACUUAUAGAUACAGACAAAAAAGCCGGGGACCAGCAAAAUCUCUGGGAACAAGUUAUUAUAGAAUGUUUGGAUUAUGGGAGCAUACAAAAUGUCCUUUGUGUAUUGAAAGUCGUAUUUUCAGAUCUUGUUACAAAAACGCAAGGAAAAGAGAAGGAAGAAUUUCAAGAAAUAUUGGAAGAUAUUGAUCAGUGUGGUGAAAAUGUUGAAAAAUUACUCGACUGCCAAUGUCAUGAACUCUGCUUGAAAUCAUUGCAUCCUCUCUCCUGUGUAAAAACAUAUUCAUCAGUUGGGAUGUAUAUGUCCCCACCGGUUACAAGAAAGCAUAAGCAAAAACAGCGACCCCCUCCAAUCGAGGACAUACCCGAAUCCAGAAGAUAUCAACAUCCGACCACUAGACAAUUAAGGAAAGGUCCACCGAUAAGUCCAAUAAGGUCUGAGUCGUCCAUAUCUUCCCCAAGCUCCGACUCCAGUGCCAGCAUUAACUGUCCGGGUAGUGGAGAAUACUCUCCAGAGGAGGAUGGUGAACAAAAGAAAGCAACGAAUCCAGAUUCAAGUGCAUCAGUUCAGGAAAGCAAGCACUGCGUUCAAAGACAAAGAAGCAGGUCCUCCAAAAAGAGACAAAAUCGAGAAGAAAAACGUCAAAAAGAAGGUACGGUCAGUAAUGAGAACAUAGAAGAAAAUCAGCCAAAUAAGAACUUGGUGAGAAAUCCAGUCCCUUGUUGGAUUGAUUCAAAGGACCGUAAAAUAAUACAAAUGACCACCUACAACCUAUUCCAGAAAACAGAAAAUAAGCCUCAUUAUAUACGUGGAGGCAACGUGUAUGUAAAAAGUGUGAUUCAAAAACAUGGGAAUAAUUCCGAUGACAAUGAUGAAUUAAAUGACUAAAUUAAAAUAAUUAGUUUCUCAAUUAAAGAUGAAGCAGCAUAGAAAAUAUCGUUUUUUAUGCUCUAUUCUCCAAUGAACAUUCGAUCUAAUUAUUCAUAAAAAUGAGGAGUUAAAAUGCUAAUCAAGUCGACUCAGAAGAUAAGGAAUGCUGCUAAUUUGGUAUUAAAAAGGUUUUAUAAUUUUCUGCAUAAAAAGAAAAAUAUUAUAUAACUCCUCUCUGUUCAAAGUCAUUAUAAAUUUAUUGAACCAUGUUAGUCAUAAAAUGGUAGUUUAUUACAUAAAUCACCAUUUUGCUUUUACAAUUUAUUGUCUCAAGUUUCUUAAAUGUCUAAAGUUUAUUAAAUACGGCUUACUACAAACAUUUCAUGAUUUAAGUUAUGUCUAACAUUAGAUUGUAUAGUAUUAUACUCUCUGGCCCAAGUGGUAAAUAAGUGAUAGUUUCAUUAUAAUCAUAUUAUCAUGUUUUCACACUUGAUUUUGUCCCAUUUAUUUAUACACAAAUACAAUGUUUAACAGAAAUAUAUUUAUGAUCUCAUGAAGUGAUACUGGUAUCUUAAUGUUCCAUUUCAAUGCUGUAAAGAGAAAUUCAAAAUUACAUUUAAAUCAUUCUAGAAGUGUAUAUUUAAUGAAAAUAGAAAUAUGCGUAACAUUUAUUUUGUUCAAUGUACAGACAUAAAACCAUUUUGCUCUUAAAUCCAAGAAUAAUUGUUUUAAGUCCACAAUUUAUAACUGAAUGUUUUAAUCAACUUAUAGUAAAAAGAAUUGUAUUGUAUAGUGUAAAAUUAAUGCUCAAUUUUCCACUAUUGUGUUCAAACUCUUUGUUUUAUUGCCAUGAAUCUAUCAGCAUUAUAUUUAAAUUUGUUGUGUAAUAUCAAAGUAUAAUUUUGAAAACAUAUCAUAUAUUAAGUUAAGUAUUUUGUUUCCCUGAGGUAUGUACAUUUACCUGUUUUCUACAAUAAACUAUCUUAGGAAUGUGGGAUCCCAUACAGUUUGCGUUACUGAUAACUGAUAUUGACAGGGACCUAUUUUUAUACAUGUCCAUUAAAAAUCAUGUUUUACCAACAGAUAUUAUAUAUUUGAUGUUAAAGUAUUACUUCCACAUUCGAAUGGAUGAACAGUAAUGUUUAGUAAUAUUUACAUGUUUAUUUUAGUUUCUAAUAAAUGUUUGGAAUCUAUGUGUUUCCAUGCACUUUUAAAAGUAUAGUACGACACUGAUAAAUAUGUUUAAAUAUAAAUGACAAUGUUGUCCCCAUUUCAAAUUUAUUAUUUGUUCUGUGUAAACACUAGACCAUUGGGAACCAAAUGCUUGUCGGUUAAUCAGUUGAAAAAAGGGAACGGAAGAAAAAGUUAUGGACCUUGCAACAAAUGUGCUUAUUGUCACUGGAAAAAAAAUGUAUGCAAAAUUUCAUGAGAUUUAAAACAUUUUUUUUAGUUCUUGCCAUGGUAUAAAACUGCCUGAUAAUAACAAAGCUUUCACGAUACCUCUGUUUCUUUACCCAGAAAGGCAAGCUAACAAGGGCAAAGCGGAACGCUGCAUUGUAGCCAGAUUUUGUAUUGUGUCAAUUGUGUUAUUCAAUUGUAUGGUAAGUGGAAGUAAUUAAAAAUGCUUUUUACUACCAUUUAUUGUAUGUUUGGAGCUUUAUUGGAUUGGAUUUGAAGUUAAUGCAUACUUUGAUAAGAUUUACCUUUUUAUGUUUUACUUUAUUCAGGAUUGUUGUGAUAAGGGUGGGGUUGUGCACGCAAACUGGUUAAAACCCCCAGUAAAUUCACAUUUUACUGACCGUUCCAAGGCGGUACAAUCCUUGUUACACACACCUACUUUUUAUAUAGAAUAUAUGCACUGUGUUGUUUGUGGAGUUCUGUGCUGUUGUUCCAUGUUUCUUGUUUGUGAUUUUUUUGUUUGUGUGUUAUAUGUCUUUGGCGAUUAACCUGUGCCAUUAAACGGGGUUUAUGUUUAAAUUUUUGGCUAUUGAGCUUGUUUCUGUAGUUUUUCAUAUAAAUAUUGUUAGACGCACAAUAUUGUGCGGAAUGAAGCCCAAAAUGUCUUAAUAUCACGCAUUUAUUGAAAGACGGUUCGACAUGAAAGAACCGAUGAAGUUUAGAUCUUGACUCGCCUAUCUUGAUUAUCUAACUAAAGAACUCAGAAUAGCUAUUAUUUAUAUAAUUUGAAACGGGUUUAAGUGCAGUAAAGGAGUAUAGAAAGUACCUAUAGCGGCCUUCAAAGAUUUCAUAACUGGUCAUUUCACGUUCGAUUUAGGUUAAAAUAAAGAGCCAAUUUCAACGGCGGGUACGGUGAAUGACUUUAGAGGGGCGUUUACUAUGGGCGCAACAUUUUGACGUGAGCGC